AUAUUUACCUAAAAAGAAAAUCUGGACACUAUCAUUAUUUUAUCAUCAAUGUACUUCCAUCAACUUUUUUCAGCCCCUUGAUUUUUCAUUAUUUUUCUUCCUCCUCCAAUCCAAUCUCUCCAUUCACUCCCCAAAUCUUCAACAUCUUCCAUUUCGGUCUCCAUCAUUUGCUCCAAAAGAUUCACCCACACCCCAAUUUCCCUAAAAUUUAAUCCACCAUUUUCUCUGCACUCUGCAGUCUUCUGUUCCAAUUUCUAUGUCUUGGAAAAACCACCAGCAUUGCCACAGCUUGGUCGUCGACAGGCAAUGCAAGAUCAGGAAGCGCGGCGGCGGCUCGUCUUCCUCGUCGUCUUCCUUGGUCCGUAGGUACAGACUCAAGAGGGCAAUCCUGGUCGGAAAGCGAGGCGGCUCGAGCACCCCAGUCCCCACCUCGAAGACUGUAAGCGCGGCGGCAGCAGCGAGAUCACCUUGUGUGGCGACGAUGAUGGCGAAUGGGGGUGAGGAGCAUGAUGAGAUGGCAACGCUGCAGCAGCAGCGGAGACCGGCUUCGAAGCACGGCGGCGGCAGCGGCGGAAAAGGGAAGGAAGUGGUUUCGGUUUCGGCGAGAAAGCUGGCGGCGACUUUGUGGGAAAUUAACGAGCAAGAACAAACUGCUUUCAGAAAGAAGGCUUCCAAAGUUGCUCAAGUUCCUUCCUUAGCCGGUUCCUUGCCUCCAAAGUUAUCAGAUCCAUCCUCUACUCCUAUUUCUGAGAGGAGAAAUGGAUCUGGGAAUGCUGGACGCCAGAGAGGGUUGUCGGCCGUUUCUCAGAAACUUCCUUUGAAUCAUUACCAAAUGGGAGGUUUCCAGACUCACACUACAAGGGCCAGUUUAACUCAGCUCAAAGAUCAAUCUUGUGUGAAACCUGAUCGAAAUUGCAUACACGGAUUUAAGACCUGUUUGAAGGAUGUCAAUAGUGGCCUUUCUACAUCUAAAGAGCUUGUAAAAGUUCUUACUCGCGUUUCGGGUCUUGAAGAGCAGCAUUCUUUAAGUACAACCUUACUCUCGGCCCUACGAGUUGAGCUUGAUCGAGCUCGUGUCCAGAUUCAUCAAAUGAUCCGAGAACAGAGGUCUAACUGCAACGAAAUUGAGUAUCUUGUGAAGAAAUUCGCAGAAGAAAAGGCAGGAUGGAAAAGUAAGGAGCGAGAGAGGAUAUGUGCCGCAAUAGCGUGCGUAGCAGAAGAACUCGAGGUGGAGAAGAAGCUAAGAAGACAAACAGAAAGGUUGAACAAGAAGCUAGGGAAAGAACUGGCAGAUAAAGAGGCAGCUCUGUCGAAGGCCACGAAAGAGCUUGAGAUGGAGAAGAGGGCAAAAGAGAUCUUUGAGCAGGUUUGUAAUGAGUUAGCCACUGGUCUUGGGGAGGACAGAGCACAAGUCGAAGAGCUAAAGAAAGAAUCCGAAAAAGUUCGUGAAGAGGUGGAGAAGGAGAGGGAAAUGCUUCAGCUAGCUGAUGUGUUGCGCGAGGAGAGAGUCCAGUUGAAGCUCUCCGAAGCCAAAUAUCAUUUCGAGGAGAAAAAUGCCAUUGUGGAACAGCUGAAGAAUGAACUAGAGGCUCACUUGAUAUCCAAAACGCAUGAAGGUAGUGGCGGUUCUCCAGACUUCAGUAAAAUCAAGGAACUCGAGGCUUAUUUAAAGAAGAUCAAUUUCGGAUCAUUUCAGAACGCGAAGCUAGAAGGGAAUGGAAUGGAAGUUGCUGCAUAUAGAGAAGAAUGUGAAGAUGAUUCAAAAAGGACUUCAGUUGAUAGCGAUCUUCAUUCCAUCGAGUUAAGCAUGGACAAUAACAACAAGAGCUACAAAUGGAGUUAUGCCUUCGGAGAUGAUACCGAAGAUGAUUCAAAACGGACUUCAGUUGAUAAACAAUUCAAAGGGAGGAGAUCUCUCUCCGAAAAAAUACAAUGGGAAAGCAUAUGCUUGAACAAAAAUUCCAGCGGCAUUGAUUGGGAGUUUGGCGUAAAAUCUCAAGGGCACUCAGACGGGCGGCUUAUGGAAAUAUCAGAGCUUGUUCCGCAAACUCAAACGCCAGAACAUGAAACCGAAACAAAGAAAAAGGGUUCUGCAAAGGGUCUCACAGACCAUAGGUUAUCCAAUUCAAAAGUAGUUCCGAUCCACAGCUUAGCCGGUACAACUUGUCAGUUUCAAUCCUUGCCGAUGAAGGAUCCUGGAACCGGAGUGUGCGGAAGUUAGACGGAUGCUUCAUGAGAAUGAUUCGGAGCUCCAACUAGCAUGAAGAAAAUGCCAAUGCCAGGAUCAAGAGUAUAUAGAUGUUUUCAUGUUAUUUCUUUUGAGUUCUGAGAAUUAUACAUCGUUUUGCAGCA